AUGGCCCAAAAACACAUCAUCGCAAAAUGGCUAGAAAGUCAUGUUGUCCAAUUGCUCUCUUGGGCUGAAAUUGCAUUCAAACAUGACAAUAUCGACUUUGACAAGACUGUAGUUUCUCACCUCAAGCAAAAAUGUGGGGUGGAUUAUACCAUCAAACAAGUCUCUCGAAAGCUGCAAGGCUUACUGGAUAAAUGGGGCACUCGCGACAAAGAUAGUACUCGAUCCAGAACCAUCAUAAAUAAAGGUUGCAUCUGCCUGGUUAAUCUUCCAGAUGCUUUGAGGGGCCAAAUCACGGCUGCUUGUGAAGACUUUGAAGUCGAGCUUCGCGCCAGCAAGCAACCUUCAAGAUCUACAGAUAAUGGCUCAAAGUCGAAAAAACAUGGGCGUAAGAAUGCUCAGGCUAAUACUCAAAAGCCAGCACCUGAAGUACAGGGUGAAAAGACUUCCGGCUCAACUCUUCCCAGGACCCCUAUUAAGCUUAGGAAAAGAGAUGCUAGUUCGAUUCCAGAGGAAUCUCAAAACACCGCAAAAAGAAGAAAGCUCACUCGCGAUUCGACCCUUUCACCAGAACCCCAAGGCAAGGAAACUCACAAUCCAAUUCUUCCUAAAGCACAUACCAAGCGUAAGAUUGGAGACCUCGAUUUCGACACAGUGGUAUCUAAAUCUGCCACCAAGAAAAGAAAGGUUAAUCCUGAUUCGACUCCUUCACCCGAUCCCCUCUCGCGCACUCACUAUCAAUCUUCUCACACGAUUGAAGAUAGCCAGGAUAAAAACACGCAAACGGCCAGCGAGAAUGGUCAAACUACUCCUCGUGUUCAGUCGGCAACAUCUGUUCGCAGAGGAAGAUUAUCACAAAGAUGUGAUUAUUGUCGACGAAGAAAGGUGGCAUGUAAUGGCGCCCGUCCUGCUUGCUCUACUUGUACGAAGAAGGGCUUGCAAGGCAGUUGUUCAUAUAAAGAUGCAUCAGCAGUUUCAGAAUCUCGUGAAAAACGUUUGAGCUUCAGUGAACCGGCUCAUCAUGUUGAAGAUGACACGACAGACGAAGUAACACGAUGCAUCUGCAAGAAUACUCAGACCUAUACCGACUGGGUUCAAUGCAAAAACUGCAGUGUAUGGCAGCAUUUCGUUUGCGUUGGAGUGGAAAUCACAGAAGCAAAGAAUAUAGAAUUUUCGUGCGGAGAAUGCAGCACCGAAGCCCCGCGUGAGAAGCACAUUGAGGAGGAGCCAUUGUCGAAAAGCAGCGAGGUUUGCGAUAAGCCAGGAUAUGGAUCACAAACUGACAGUGUAUUGCUUGCUUUGGCGAAAGAGGAUGUCUCACGUCUGCGAGAGAUUGUCGAAGAAAGCAAUUUGGAAGUGGUCGAAUUAAAAGAGAGUCUACAGGUCGCAUCAAUGGAUGCACGGCGUCUAAGGUCAAACCUGGCGCAAUUGGGAAAGAAUUCUCCGGAGUAUGUCCUUGAUAAAAAAGAUCAAGAGAUUAAAGCCUUGAGGAAGGAGCUGGAGACUCGUAGGUUCUUAUCAAGGUUUACACAGCUCGGUGACACAUCCGACGAGACCUUCAAAUAUGAGAGUGUUCAAAAUUUGGUUGAUGUUUUUAGUACAAUUGAUCAACUACCAUUCGAUGAAAUUCCAGUAACUAUCCCUCCCGGGUUGGAUCAGGAGCUCGAAAAGAUCGUUCUUGAUACUUUCGGCCAAGACGAAACACUCCGACAAACCGCUGAAGACCUUGGAGCCAGCCUUUCAUCCAUGAAGACACACGUGGUCUUCAGAGCUUUAACAGCAAGCUUUCUGAAACUUUGGGUAUUCGAAGCAUCAGAAAAAAAAAUGACUGCUGCAGACGGAGCUAAAGCAAUGAGAAAUCUUGAUUUGGCUGCUCGCUAUGAUGUCAUCUCGAGUGAAAAGUUCAAACACCAAUACAUCUACCCCGAGGCCGAGCGUUUAGCUAUAAAAUACUCCGAAAUUAUGGAACCACUAUUUGCCAAGAAUCCUGGUAGCGAGAUUUUCAAGAAUUGGAAUGGAUUCUCAACUUGGAAUGAUGAUAAGGAGACAUGGCAAGAUCGUCAAUCUCGACUCAUUGAAAUGUUUCGGGUGGCCUUGAAAAGCAAAGCAGAUUCCACAUUGAAUUUCAGGGAUUAUGAGUUGGUUAAAUUUGUACCAGGUACUCCAUAUGACCCUAAAUCUAUGUUCAACGAAGACGCUCUGUAUAGAAAACCUAGCGGAAAAAAUAGCGAUUGGGUUGUCGAAUUUUGCAUUCAGCCGGCAAUUUAUGUGCACGAAAAGGAGAGAACAGAUGAUUUCAUUAGCUCCCAAAGCUUCAUGCGCAAAACUGUACGAAGCGGAAUCGGUAUGACACCAUCAGUUAAAGCUGAGGUGCUUCUAAGACCAAAGAAUGGUGGCUCUCAGAUUUGA